AUGCUAGGAUUCCUAAACAAAGGAAAAGUUAGAGAUAUUGAAGUUGAUUCAUAAAUUAUUGAAGGUAAAUUGCCAAUAAUUGUAUUUUCAUAUGGAUUAGGUGGUUUAAAAGAUCAUUAUUCUGUAAUUUAUAAAGAAUUGGCAAUCAAUGUUUAUGUUGUAUGAUAUAAAUAAAGAUUAUAUAUAGUAAUGAGAAAAUUAGUUUUAUAUUAAUUCAAUAUAAUAAGAAGAAGUAACAAUAAUUUUAAAUGAAUAAAAGAUUCAUUAAUAUAAAGUAGAGGAAGCUUCAUUAGAGAAUGCAUUAGGAUAGUAAAUCUUAAAUAAAGUGAAGAUGAUUAAACAUUAAUAAUUGAAUGAUAGAGUCAAUAAAUUUCAAUUAUCAUUUGUUUAUGUAUACUAAUAAAAGAAUAUCAAUUUAAAUAAGAUAAUUGGAGCAGGUCAUUCUUUUGGGGCUGCAAUUGUACAUCAUAUAGCAUAAAUAGAUAAAAGAAUUACCGUAGACAUUGUAUUAUUUGAUCGAUGAUUUUACCAUUCUAAGAAGACACUUUCAAUAUUUGAUUAACAGUACCUUUAUUAAAUUUUAAUAGUGAAACAUUUAGAUUUGGAAAAGAAGAUGAAACUCUGCAAAGAUACAGUACUUUUUUUAAUGCACAAUAAUCAAAAUUAAUUAUUAUGA